AAUUUGCAAACGUUUAAGCUAAGCCUGCACGAAAGUUAAAAGCACACUUCUCUCUGGUCAUUUUGAUUUUCUGGGACAGUUCAAACUCCUUACUGCUUGCUUUUCAACAACUGUCGCUUGCGGUAUCUUUACACCUACGCGCCGGGCUAUAGACAACAGACAGUUGUUCGUAUUUACCCCUACCACAAUGAAGGGCGUCCAUUUCAACCCAGCCACGGAUAUUCAUUCCUUGCAGGGCACGACUAUUCUUGUUACAGGAGGAAACAGUGGCCUAGGGAAGCACUCCAUCCUCGAGUUCGCAAAACACGGUCCAGCGGAGAUAUGGCUUGGGGCUCGCAGUACCAACAAAGCUCAAGAAGCCAUCAACGACAUCAAGAAACGGGUGCCUAAUGCUCCGCCUAUCAAGAUACUCAAGAUGGAUCUAUCUUCUCUUGAAUCAAUUCGCGAAGCGGCUACGAGUUUUCUCCAGCAAGCGCAACGCCUUGAUGUUCUUCUUCUUAACGCUGGUCUCAUGACCGUCGACCAUGGUCUCACCCAGGACGGCUAUGAAGUCCAAUUCGGUACCAACCAUGUGGGACAUGCCCUUUUUGUAAAACUCGUCCUCGCAACUUUGCUGAAUACGGCUGAGCAACCUGGAACUGAUGUUCGAGUGGUCCUGCUUUCCUCGUCAGUCCAUUCGAACUCGACCAAGGAGGGCAUCGACUUCACAAUACUCAAAACAAAGGCAGAGAAGAUUGCUGCCACCACUUUAUAUGGCCAGAGCAAGCUCGCCAACAUUCUCUACGGACAAGAGCUUGCUAAACGAUACCCCCAGCUUAAAAUAGCGUCUGUUCACCCCGGAAUUGUGAGCACCAACCUAACUACUGCGAUGAAGGAAACUAGUUUUACAAUGCGUGUUAUAAGCACAGCUUUUGUUGCCGCGCUUGGACAGCCUGUUGAAAAAGGUGCGCUUAACCAGUUGUGGGCAUCGACUAGCGCAGAUGUUAGAUCUGGGGAAUACUAUGAGCCUGUCGGUGUGAACGGCAAAGGAUCCAAAUGGACCAAAAGCCCUGAGCUAGCUAAGAAGCUUUGGAAUUGGACAGAGGAGGAGCUUGAAUAGGAC